AAAAGCGUGCACGCAUGCGAAGCAAAAGAGAAGGAGGACAGAGUGAAAAUGCACAGUAGUAGCAGGAUAAACCAAAAACAUGAGGAAACGAGAGGAAGAAUGAAGGAGGACCAGAGGACCACAUGCCUUCUUCAGCAGCAGCCGUCAGAUGAAGAACACACAGAGACUAGAGAGAGACUGAUUGAGAACGGCUUCAGCAGAGGCGCAUGCGAGACGGCAGACUCUGUCUUUCAGAGACGCAGCACAGAAGAUCAUGUGCUUACAAACACAGCAGACGCGCCUCUCGCCUCAGCGUCUCCUGAGAAACUCCCAGACCCUUCAGAUGAAGAUGUGGACGUUGUGGAAGUUUCCAGCAGUUUGUCCGAGUCAUUCUCUGUCCUGCCGCUCACCGAAGUGGAGCUCAGCACAGAUGAAGAGGACAGCGAUGAAGACCAGGAGAUCGACGUCAUCAGUGUAGGGUCUCUUUAAGCCGAUUUCAGUUCCUUUUUAACAGCGUUUAGCGUUCUGAAUACUCCUGUAUGGAAACAUUCCCUGUAUGUAUGUAAUUCAACACUCGGUUAGCAGUGUGACGGUUGCAGAAUCUCGACUUUUGUGGCUUCAGUUUAUUUAGACACAAUAAAUCUUUUCAGUUCUGGGUGUAGAAGUUGCCGUGCCGUCGUGUAAAUAACGAGAAUGCUGUAAAUGCACGCUGAGUUUUCUUAUCAUUUUCUGUAUUUGUAGCCAUGUUCAGAAUAAAAAGACAUGGAUCAGGUGUUUGUUGUUCUUAUGUUCACAUCUGCAUCGUGUGGAGUGGGAAAACGUGUGGAGUUGGAUUUGUUUCGAGCAAAGGACGUCAUUUUUGGCCGUUCUCUGAUCUAAA